AAAAAAAAAAGUUAGGGCAAGUUUCAGACGACACAAUUUGCUUCGACACUCCGCAGGGCGCAGCCUCCGCUAUCGCCUCAGGUGACAAGACUAAUAAUACAUGACUUCACAAAUCGAAAUUGUUGAGGAGAGGUUAAAGUCAUUCCUUGGUCAGCUUAAGACAGAAUGUGGGAUCCUUGAUAGAAUUGUAUAUAAAAACAAGAAUCAGCAUCGGCGAUGCUUGUACUUUCAGUACCUUUUGAAGGUGAGAAGGAAUUUGAAACUUCUUCAAUCGGCUAGCUUGGAGGAGAUUUUGAGCUCCUCUUUUCAAGUUCUCUCUGGGAAAAAACCUAAGCAAAAGGUGAACCUUUUGGAGAGUAUAAAGAGGAGAAAAUGCAAUGGCAGGAAGCAUAAUUUUAUGGAGCGACUUUUGGGAGCUGCACGUAUACUAUCACAGAUGGUUGAACCAAUAUUGAAGGCAGCUACUGAGAUAUCUACUUUGCUAGCUCGGUCGUUUUUCAUGGGGUUUUCUACAACAAUUUUGGCUUUGCUUGCACGCCUGCGAGUUUUGGUUCAACAAAUAUUACUCGAUGUUGUUUUGGUAUUCAACGAUGUUUCUUCUGUCUCUCAAAAGGAGCAGUCUGUAAAAAUAACUCAAGAAGGUUUUGAGGUUUUUAGAGAGUAUUACCCAACAAAUGAGGAGGUCGUCACCCUAGAGUGUGUGUGGCAAAUAGAUAAGUACGUCUUACUCGAGAGAGUCAGUAAAAAUGAGAGUAAAAACCAAGAUAAGGAUCUUGGAGAUGGUGUUUCUCAAGGGACAUCAGCCAUACGGUAUCAAAGUAUUGAGACUUUGCUUGGAGGUGAUGAACUUGGCAAGGCAGAUGGUAACUAUACUUCUGAAGAACGUGCAGCUCGUGUCAAGCAGGAUAAUACCGACACAUUGGCAUGUCCCUUCACUGAAAAAGAUGGUGGAAAAGAUCUCAUUGAAGUGGAUGAUGGUUCAAGUGUUGCAGGAAGAAAGGACCUUCUCCAAGAAGGUGAUUUGCAUACAGUUCCAAGUUUGUCUCCAAGCUCAAAUUUUUUUAGACUUGCCUCUAGUUCGAAUAACAAAGUGGCAUUUGUAUCGGUAAAAAGACCUGUGCCAUCUACAGAAAAUGUAACAGGGAAUCAUGUUAAGGAAACAAAGAGUGGAAAUAAUGGUGACAAGGAAGAUCCAUUUUUCAAUCUGGUAACUGGUGGAAACAUGAAAAGUAGUCUCUUCUGAUUUACAGAUCAAUUAACAAAUAGUUCAUUUUUUCUUUUUAGAAGUUACUGAGAAGAUGGGUUUA